AUGCAGACGGCUCGCAGCUCGCUCAGUGCUCUCACCCAGCUGUGUCUGUGCCUGUCUCUGUGUGUGGAGGGGGGUCGUCAGCGCUGUGGCUCCGAGCUCAUGGUGGACCUGGUGUUUGUGUGCGGGGACCGCGGAGUCCAUAUAGGACCCCGUACAGGAGCUGCUGUUCGAGGCCCUGUACCAGAAGAAGCUGCUGGAGAUCCUGGGGGCCCCUGGAAGCCCACAGAGAGAGGCAUACAGGAGGACACAGAGGCCCUCAGCACACAGACCCUCUCCCCGCAGAAGAACUCACCACAGGACUUUCAGGGGGCCUCUCUCUUCGGCCCGUGCCAACUCUGA